UUUUUUUUUUAUUUCCCUACCUUUUUAAAUGAAAUUCGGUGACCAUUUACAACAAGAAAUUUUUCCACCUUGGCAACUUAAAACUCGACAACUUGACCAUCAAUGGAACGGAGAAGAUGAAGAUGAAUUUAUCAAUAAACUCGAAAAUGAAUUAGAAAAAGUAUAUGAUUUUGUAUCUGCCAAAUUAAGUGAAGUAGAGGCAAGAAUUAGUUAUUGUGAACGUACAAUCCAGACAUUUAUCGAUAAUCCUAGUUGGUCUUCAGAUCAAAACUGGACUCUUAUGAACGAUGCGUUGACAGAAGUUUUAUUUGAUGUAAACGAUUUAGCUAAAUUUACAAGGCUGAAUUAUAUCGGCUUUCAAAAAAUAAUUAAAAAACAUGACAAAUGGACUGGACUCAAUCUUAAACAGGACUUUAUUCCUCAACUGAGAAAUAAACCAUUAGAUAAACAAAGAUUCGAUGUAGCCAUUGUCUUUAUUUCAGCGCUACAUGAUAUUUGCCGUCAACGUGGGAAGCCUCGUCCAAGUAGUACCUAUACAACCAACUCUCAAAUUUCUUCUACAGACAAGUCUAUUGUCAAAUAUUGGAUUCACCCCGAUAAUAUUACUGAAGUAAAAUCGAUUAUCAUGCUUCAUCUACCAGUCUCUAUUUAUAACAAAGAGAAGCGUUAUGAGGCCUCUGAUUCUGCCAUCUCUAGUAUUUAUUUUGAUAAUGAAGAAUUUGGUCUUUAUACAGGCCUCUUACAGCGAGAUGAAGGCGCUGAAGCGAUUCGAUUCAAGUGGCACGGCCCUACUUCAACUCCCGAUGUCUAUCUCGAACGUUGCACAUAUCAUGCAGAGUGGGCGGAUGGACAAUCGAUAAAGGAGCGUAUCGAAUUCGUGAGUGAUGAUGUAUCCAAAUUUAUCAAGGGUGCCCUUACAGCCGAGGAAUACACAAAUCGACUUCGAGCAAAAGGAAUGAAUGCUAAUCUUGUCGAUGAUUGCCAAUUUAUUUCCUCUGGAGUUGAAAAGUCCAUUGCAGAAAAGAAAUUAAAACCUAUGUGUCGUGUGUUCUACAAUCGUACUACCUUUCAAUUGCCCGAAGAUCCUGAUGUCUGUAUUCAUGUUGAUAAUGACCUGACCUUUAUUCGUGAAGAUAACUUUGAUGGUAUCAUUCGUCGAGGACUAGAUGACUGGCGUCGUCCUGACGUUGGUAUUGACUAUCCUUUUAGUUAUCUUGAUGAAUCAGAUGUCUUGCGUUUUCCCUAUGCUGUAUUAGAAAGUAAAGUAGAGAAAAAGCCCCCCGCAUGGCUUACGAAACUUUUGUCAUCACAUCUUGUCCAUGAGGUGCCUCAUUUCUCUAAAUAUUUGCAUGGUGCAUCUUAUCUUUUCCGUGAUCGUAUCCCACUAUUGCCCUGGUGGCUCUCUGAGAUGGAAAUAGAUAUUCGUAAACCACGUGCUACUAACUUUGGUCUCUCUCGAUCAAAGUCCUUUCAACCACUCAUUGAUGGUCAAUACCGUCGUGCUAUGGAGGCAGAACAAUUACGUAUGGAUCUCGUGAAUGAAACAGUACAAAUGGAAAAAAAGAGUAUGGAAAGUUUGAAUAGUGGACGAUCAUCAGAGAAAUUGAUAAAUAACAAUGAUAUCAAAAAAUCACCUUCAAACGAUGGCGUUGAGCUUAUAGACGUGAACACAAAUAUCGUGACAAGAUCAGAUAGUAGCAAUUGGAAUAAUCGACCUCAUCGUAUGCAAUCUACCUUAGUAGUUAAAGGGGAUGAUCCUCUUAAUUAUGGUCCAAUAAAUAGAAAGUCGAUUAAUCCGGAUGAAAUGAGUGCUCUAGGUGAAGAAAUCAUCUUUAAUAAUGGAGAGACAUCGAGUGGUAAAAAUGAGAAGGGAGGGAAAAAAUUAUUCGAAAAUACCAAUAUGUAUGUCAAAGACCCUAACAAUCCUAAUAAUGUGAUCCCAGUUAAGAAAGUUAAAGUAGAACCUAAAGUAUUCUUCUCAAACGAACGUACUUUUAUUUCAUGGCUUCAAUUUUGUGCUUUGCUUUUGUCCGUUGCUUUGAAUUUACUUAAUUUCGGUGAUUUAGUAUCUCGUAUCGCUGGUGCUAUAUUUAUUGGUAUUUCUGCAGGUAUUGCUAUCUACGCCUUAUUCCAAUUUGAAAGACGUGCUUGGAUGAUUAAUCGACGUAUUGUUGGUCGUUAUGAUGACCUUUGGGGUCCUGCAGUUCUCUGUAUACUUUUAGUUGCUGCCUUAGCUGUUAACUUUUAUCUUCGUUUCCGUUAAACCUUUAAAUUUUUUUUUUUUUUUGUAUUAUAUUGUUCACUUGACCUAUACCUAAUUAUUAGCCAUUUUCUUUUGUUUUUGUAUUAUUCUUAAAUAAAAUACAUUAC